AUGGUCACUGUAAUUGGACAGUCAGGCAAGAACAGCAAGAUCUUCCAUGAGGAGGAGCUUGCCAGGGUGCGGUCAGCCUUUGUUUGGAGGGUGUCAACAGAAAUCCUUAAACAGCUACUGGAGGCCCUUGUAAGUGACGGUGUUUUAAAUGAACUGGAGAAAGAAUCGAUACUGGAGAAGAACCCAGUCAGAGCAGAUAAGGCACGCUGCUUCAUCGACACAGUGAGGAAGAAAGGGGACAAAGCCAGCAGGAUAAUGAUCAGAUAUCUUCAGACUAUAGAUCUUUCUCUUUUCUCUCAGCUGCGUUUAUACUCUGAUUCAUCUGCUCAACAAGAGGCUCUUCAAAAUUGUCAGCCAAGACUUAAAUCUAAACUGAAGAAGAAGUUCCAGUGUGUGUUUGAGGGGAUCGCUAAAGCAGGAAACCCAACCCUUCUAAAUAAGAUCUACACAGAGCUCUACAUCACAGAGGGAGGGACUGCAGAGGUCAAUGAUGAACAUGAGGUCAGACAGAUUGAAACCGCAUCCAGGGAGCCAGAUAGACCAGAAACAACAAUCAGACAAGAAGACAUGUUUAAAGAUUCACCUGGAAGAGAUGAACCAAUCAGAACAGUGCUGACAAAGGGAGUGGCUGGCAUUGGGAAAACAGUCUUAACUCAGAAAUACACCCUCGACUGGGCUGAAGACAAAGCCAACCAGGACAUCCAGUUCAUAUUUCCAUUCACUUUCAGAGAGCUGAAUGUGCUGAAAGAGGAAAAGUUCAGCUUGGUUGAACUUGUUCAUCACUUCUUUACUGAAACCAAAGAAGCAGGAAUCUGCAGCUUUGAAGACUUCCAGGUUGUGUUCAUCUUUGAUGGUCUGGAUGAGUGUCGACUUCCUCUGGACUUCCACAAAACUACAAUCCUAACAGACCCUAGAAAGUCCACCUCAGUGGACGUGCUGUUGAUAAACCUUAUCAGGGGGUACCUGCUUCCCUCUGCUCACCUCUGGAUAACGACACGACCUGCAGCAGCUAAUCAGAUCCCUCCUGACUAUGUUGGCAUGGUGACAGAGGUCAGAGGGUUCACUAACCCACAGAAGGAGGAGUACUUCAGAAAGAGAUACAGAGAAAAAAAGCAGGCUAGCAUGAUCAUCUCCCACAUCAAGACAUCACGAAGCCUCUACAUAAUGUGCCAUAUCCCAGUCUUCUGCUGGAUCACUGCUACAGUUCUGGAGAAUAUUCUGAAAACCAGAGAGGGAGGACAGCUUCCCAAGACCCUGACGGAAAUGUAUAUCCACUUCCUGGUGGUUCUGGCCAAAGUGAAGAAGGUCAAGUAUGAUGGAGGAGCUGAGACAGAUCCACACUGGACUCCAGAGAGCAGGAAGAUGAUUGAUUCUCUGGGAAAACUGGCUUUUCAUCAGCUGCAGAAAGGAAACCUGAUCUUCUAUGAAUCAGACCUGACAGAGUGUGGCAUCGAUAUCGAGGCAGCCUCAGUGUACUCAGGAGUGUUCACACAGAUCUUUAAAGAGGAGAGAGGACUGUACCAGGACAAGAUGUACUGUUUCAUCCAUCUGAGUGUUCAGGAGUUUCUGGCUGCUCUUCAUGUCUAUCUGACCUUCAUCAACUCUGCAGUCAAUCUGCUGGAAGAACAACAAAUUACCUCCUUGACGUCGAAAUCAUUUGGAAAAAAACAAGCAUCAAAAAUGGAAGUAGAAUCGGCAUACAUCUACCAGAGUGCUGUGGACAAGGCCUUACAGAGUCCAAAUGGACACCUGGACUUGUUCCUCCGCUUCUUCCUGGGUUUUUCACUGCAGACCAAUCAGACUCUCCUACGAGGUCUGCUGACACAGACAGGAAGUAGCUCACAGACUAAUCAGGAAACAGUCCAGUACAUCAAGAAGAAGCUCAGUCAAAAUCUGUCUGCAGAGAAAAGCAUCAAUCUGUUCCACUGUCUGAAUAAACUGAAUGAUCGUUCUCUAGUGGAGGAGAUCCAAAAAUCCCUCAGAUCAGGAUGCCUCCCGAUAGAUAAACUGUCUCCUGCUCAGUGGUCAGCUCUGGUUUUCAUCUUACUGUCAUCAGAAAAAGAUCUGGAUGUAUUUGACCUGAAGAAAUACUCUGCUUCAGAGGAGGCCCUUCUGAGGCUGCUGCCAGUGGUCAAAGCCUCCAACAAAGCUCUACUGAACAGCUGUAACCUCUCAGAGAGGGUGUGUGAAGAUCUGUUUUCAGUUCUCAGUUCCCAGUCCUGUAGUCUGAAAGAGCUGGACCUGAGUACCAACAGCCUCGGGGAUUAUGGAGUGAAGAAGCUUUUAGCUGUGGUGCAGAGUCCACACUGCAAACUGAAUAUUCUCACAUUGAGCAUCUGUAACCUCUCAGAGAGCAGCUGUGAAUCUCUGUCUUCAUUUCUCAGCUACAAGUGUUCUAGUCUGAGAGAGGUGAACCUAUAUGUAAGCACCCUGCACGCUCCAGGACUGAAACUUCUUUCUUCUGGUCUGCAGAGUCGGAACUCUAACUUGAGUAAUUUGAGACUAAGUCACUCUAACUUGUCACAGAGAAGCUGUGGAGCACUGUCCUCAAUUCUCAGUUCCCAGCUCUCAAGUCUGAGAGAGCUGAACCUGAGUAACAAUGACCUGCAGGAUGCAGGAGUGGGGCUUCUGUCUCAUGGACUGGAGAGUCCAUAUUGCACAUUGGAAACUCUCAGCUUGAAGCAGCUACCAAUAUAUGCAAGCACCACUAAUGCACCAGUGGGCGGGGGGACCAGCCACUGGCAGGGCAUGUGGUUUCCCUUUGCUCUGGGAUGGAGACAAGUAGACUGCCCCUGGUCCCACAACAGCGGGGAGGCCCAGCAUCCCAGACCCCGACCAGUUCCUUCUCCCGGCUCCUCACACCAGAUGGCGACCAGAGAAGAGGGAUUCUAUCAGGCUGUCUGA